AUGUGGGAUAGAGAGGAGGGCACAUGUGUCCUUGACAGGCUGGUGGGUAACCAGUCCCUGAAGUGGGACUAAAACAGGGAUAUAGCAAAGUUCAGGCACAGUUUCUCUCUUCUCUCAUGAAUAAUGAAGUCAGAGCAUCCUUCUAUCGAGGAUAUGCUGUGCUGAGGAUGAUUCUGCAAGCACGCUUCUGGAUGUGCUUCAGUUAAUCAGAGAGGGCUUGAGUUAAGGAGAAAUGCCAAGCUGGUGCUGCGUAAUCCAGGCAGGGGUGAAUGUAGCCUGUGUAUAUAGCUACCAGGUCAGCCUGUGGCACAUUGAACCUUUUUAGUUUGCGUAGGAAGAACAACUUCUUGUUUCCCCUUCUAACCAUGGAUGUUACUUAUUCAUCCCACUGCAGAUUCUUUUGCACAAUGACUCAAAGAAUUUUGACUGAUUCACAGACUUGCAGGUCUUUCCCGUUGAUUGUAAAGGGACUUGGAUGGUGCGGGUUUAUCACAAGUAGUGUACGCUGUUUGCUCGAGGAGGACUUGAGGCCCUGGUUAGUUUCUCUUUCUCCUUCUCCCUGUUUGAAGUGCUUCAGUAGGAAGGGGAGGCGUUGAGUCUGUGUGUGUGUGCGUGUGAGCACAGAUGGCAGCUGCUCGGCCUAGCCUCUGUGUGGUAAUUACUUUGUGUGGCGCGUUACUUAACUCUUAGCGCUGCAGUCUGCUGGGUUUCUCUCCUUUUGUUGUCGUAGACUCCUCAAAAAGAGAAUGCUCUUAAAGCACAACUGAAGGCAAUAAUAAAUGUAUCUGAUAAAAAACAGAAUGUGGCAUGGAUAUUACUCAAACAUUUAUUCUAGUGUCAAAAUUGACUACAAAGUGUAAAUAGGAUAAUUUUGUUCAUAAAGUCAUUUUCGUCCCAAAGCUGAGUUUUGUAAGUGAGUUCGUCAUGACUUACUUGAGGGUUGGGUUUUGAUUUCGACAAUGCUCACUUGCCUUUUGUUCUCAUGGGGGACUAGCAUCACUAACGGCCACACUGAAAUCUUGUUUUUCUUGAAGAGCAACACUGAUGUGGAAUUGGUGCGUUCAGUUGCUAUUUAAGGGGCCAUUCUGGGACAUGGAAAUGGCAGCACCAAGAGCUCCCAAGAGUUUACAUUGAACUGAAGAGUCUGUCUUGUAGAGAGCAGACUUGGCCUAGAUUGAAGCUUCUUGUAACUUCAUCCAUCUUCCAAAUUCCAACUUGAGAGUAAGGAAUCUUUCAGGAAGAAUAGGCCAUUUGGCCAAAUUUAGGUGUUAGCAUGAUGUGCACGCUACAUGCGAAAUAGUUUUAUGUUCACAAUGUUUAUUUGAGUCUUUAGAUAAAAUUAUGUUGGUUGAGCUUUAGGUCAGUGGGCCACCAUGUUGCUUAAAGCCACAAAGAGUGUCUUGUACUGAUGCUAACUGUAUGCUAACUAAUUUAACUAGUUGAGGGACAAGCCAUAUGUUGCCCAAUGUCAUAGUUAACCUUUAACCCUUUCCUUCCAGAUUUCCUACCAUGGCAGUGGGGAGGGAGCGGAGAGCGACGAUUCCGAGGGGGAGAACCAGGAGCUUGCACAGAUUGACAGAGGUAUGUGGCCCGCUCGCUCAAACCAACCCUUCUAUGGUCUUCGUUGUUACAUGGAUAUGUACAAGAUGGUCAUUUAACAGAUAAAGCAACUUCCAGGUAACACAGUAUAGAAGAAGACAAUAAGCUUAUCGCUAUCUCUGCCUCUUCAACUUUGACCUAUACUCUUGGUCGUCCCCCUCAGAGAGGCGGCGGAAUUGUGGCCUGACCCCUCUGGCCACCAGCCAGCAGCACAACCAGGGUCCCCUAUCUCCGGCACGCCUCUGUCGCCUACGCCUCCUUCUAGACCCAACUCUGGACCGCCACUCAUCCGAAGAAGAGCUGGAGCGAAUCAACCGCGGCGUUGGAGAUGGCAGGAAGUGGACGCUGCACCAUUGCCACGGCGACCACCACAGCAGUGCCUCCAGCGACGAGGAGGUGCGGGACCUGUUCGGCUGUGGCCCGGUGGCGGCGGCCUUGGAGCCUGGGACUUGCCUGGCGGCCUCCCCCAGCCCGGUGCUCUUUAGCUCCAGCCCGCCUCGCAGCCUCAAGCCCCCGCCCCCCUUUCGGCUCCAGUUCCAGGUGGUGCAGCCUGCUGCCAGGCCCAUUAUCUUGACCCACUUUGACCAGUCAGCGGUUCCCUAUAGGAAGCACAGACACAGCUACGGGGGAGAGGUUGGGAGGCCAAGUCUGGACUUGGAGAAAAUGCAACAGGUUAGUGUUACUACGUAG